AUGGAUCUAGAAUCUGCGAGCGCCGCCUCCGACGUCGAGGAAGGCAGGAUCUGGGGUUCAGAUGCUCGAUCGCCUGAGACUCAAAGAAUCGACGAUGCCAGCAGUGCGCAUCCGUCGAGCGACUGCGGCAUCGGCCAUCGCGUUCUGGCGAGCCGCUCCGUUCUCGCUCUGGUCGUCGAUGAGCACUGUGUGUUUGCUGGUCUCCAGGGAGGAGACAUUGUUGCGUGGUCUCUCGAAACAUAUGAUCUCGUGCUCUCCGUACACGCACACAAAGAGAGCGUACUAGGUCUUUAUUUGUCCAAUGAUGGCAACCUUCUAUUUUCAAGUGGUGGCGACUCCGUUGUCAAUAACACAAGUAUUCAGUGGUGUGAUCUCUCCGAGGAAGGGUCAACGCUCAACCAGGCAUCAUCUACCCACCUAACUAAGCGGACACAUCGCUUCUUUGAUUCCCGCGGGCCGGACGGCACUCGUGCUCCGGGAUCAUUAGAUGGAUCCCAUGCCGUAUCUGAUGGUGGUCGCAUGUUGAGCUUCAAGCGGGAUCAUCACAAGCUUUUCGCCCACCAUGGCUAUGUCUACUCGAUGCUACUCGUCAAGGGACUGGUUGAAUCAGCUCCUUCCGAGGAGGUUCUGUUAACUGGUGCAGGUGAUGGUGUAGUCAAGCUGUGGCGGCUGGGCCAAGAGCCCGGAGCCUCUCCAUCUCAGAUUGCCAAGCUGCAGAACGGUAACCCUGUUCUUUCUGUCGCUGUGGAGGGAUCGUUGCUCUAUUGUGGCUUGGCAGGCGGUGCUUUAAACAUUUGGAACUUGGAUUCUCAGCAGCUCGUUAAGCGGAUCACCCGGCAUACUGGGGAUUUGUGGGCCGUGCACGUCAUUCAAGGUGUUGCAAUUUGUGGUGAUUCCAGUGGAACAGUCAAGAAAUUCAACUCGCGAUUUGAAGAGAUCGGUGGCUGGGUUGCCCAUGAGGGUACCAUGCUUGCCUCGGCCGCUGGCCGGUUCAAGGACCGCCAGAUCUAUGCCACUGGUGGAAAUGACAACUCAGUUGGUAUUUGGGAUUUGACUGAAUUCUUUAUGACCCAAGAAGAAUUACCACCAAUCAGCAACGAUGAAAUGGUCAACAGUCUUGCGAAGUUUGUUUCCUACAAGACCAUCUCAGCAAGUCCCAAAUUUGCCGGUGAAUGCAACCAAGGAGCUGCGUUCCUUCGCCGACACUGCAACUACCUCGGCGCCAAAACGAACCUUUUAACAACCGGACAGGAAACCAAUCCUAUCGUAUUCGCCAGGUUCAAUGCCACCUCACCUAACAAGGUUGACAAGACAAUCCUCUUCUAUGGUCACUACGAUGUUGUCGGCGCAGAGACGAACAGACCCAAGUGGAGAACUGAUCCUUAUCAGCUUACCUCUAUUAACGGAUUUCUCUAUGGUCGUGGUGUCUCUGAUAACAAGGGACCGAUUCUCGCAUCUCUCUACGCUGCAGCCGAUCUUGCUAGAACCAAGACCUUACGAUGCAACGUUGUGUUCCUCAUUGAGGGCGAGGAAGAGUCUGGAUCUCAAGGCUUCCAUGAGACGGUGCGCCGACACCAUGACCAGAUUGGAUCCGUUGAUUGGGUUCUCCUGGCAAACAGUUACUGGCUUGAUGAUUACAACCCUUGCUUGACUUACGGUCUUCGUGGUGUCGUUCACGCGAACUUGGUCGUCACGAGCGACCAUCCCGAUCUACACAGUGGUAUCGACGGUAGUACCCUUCUAGAUGAGCCAGUCAAGGAUAUCGCCAUGCUUCUAUCUACAAUUGUUGGUCGCAGGGGCCAGAUCAACCUACCCGGUUUCCACGACGCUGUUCGCCCUCUCACGGACGCCGAGCAGAAGCGGUUUGAGGCUAUUGCAGGUGUAUUGCUUCUCCAACACCCGGAGAUCCCUGACAGUCAAGCGCUUAUCAAGUCGCUUAUGCACCGUUGGCGUGAACCCUCGCUUACCGUCCACUCUGUGGAGGUUCCCGGCAGCAAGAGUCAUACGACAAUCGCCCGACGGGCCAAAGCGACCUUGUCUGUUCGCAUCGUGCCCGAUCAACAAGCAGACGAAGUAGCCGCAAACCUCACAGCUUAUGCGCAGGAACAAUUCGCUCUUCUUGACUCGCAAAACGAUCUCACAGUGGAGAUCACAGGCAAAUCAGACGCCUGGCUGGGCGACCCGGACAACGAAAUCUUCGCCACUCUGUCAGAGGCCAUCACCGCUGCAUGGAGCCAAAGCCAAGACAAUGUGAAACACCAGUACCCUCCCGUCUCCCAAAGUCCAAGCAACCAACCAGAAGCCAAGUCCAUCCCAACCAGAGGACCCAUCCCGACGCUCAUUCGCAAAGAUUCAUCCGACAGCCUGGCUUCGCAUGUCGAGCGGGUAAUAACCUCAACAACAACCUCAUCCGUCGGCAAAGAAGCAGCCAAACGCGCCGCACAAGCAUCAUCUACAGUACCAACCUCCUCAACCCUCACACAAAGCACACCCACAUCAUCCAAAGAAUCAGUCGCCUUGUCAAUUCGAACCGAGCCGGAAACCGACCCUACCGAUGUCAAGCCAUCACCGCCUCGCGCCGUGAAACCAAUGUUCAUCCGCGAGGGUGGCUCCAUCCCAACAAUCCGGUUCCUGGAAAAAGAGUUCUCCGCACCUGCUGCUAACCUCCCAUGUGGCCAAGCCAGCGACAACGCCCACUUGGAUAACGAGCGAAUGCGCGUGGAGAAUCUGUACAAGAGCCGCGAAAUCUUCCGGUAUGUCUUCGAGCAUUUGGUAGAUAAGUCAUAA